UGGAUCUGGAGUCGCAGUUUUCUCUUUGUUUCUUCUUCAUCUCAGUUCGCACCUCAGAAGAAAAGUGGAGAGAAAGGCGUCCCUUUCCGCCUCCAGAUGGACACCUUCAGGCACGGUGACAAGGGGCUGCUGCUGGAUCACCUGCACUGGGCUGGCUGCCUCAUCAAGGUGUUUAAGCCCAAAGGAGUGGAAUGGAAACUGAAAAUGGACUGCAAGAAGAUGGAGAAACAGCCCCUGCAUGAGAGGGACAAGUAUCAGACCACCUGCGAGAGCACUGUCUUCUUGGAGGUGCGUGUGUUGGGACGAGAGCAGGAGGGGAGAGUUGGAGAAAAGAUCCUCAUGGUACAGAUGGGGAAAUGGAGGCCUCCUGGGCUCUGACUGCUGCAAGCCCAUCACAGCCCCCCGGGGACUCCACCACUUCCUGCAAAG